UUGGCUUAUCGCGGCCUGUUAGUGAAAAGAGUGCAGCUCCCGAUUCCUACCUAGGUGAUGUUUAUGUAUCCAGAUCCACGGCGAUGGUACUGCGCUCUCGUCUGAUGCGGCUGAUUCCGACAUUUCGCCUUGCAAGAGAAUAUUUGAGUUGGAGCCCACACACAGAACCUGUAACAUGGAGAGUUCACGGCACGUGGGAGCCAUCACCGUGGUCAAUCUGAGCGACGUCUUCAACCAAACGCUGGUUGACAAGAUUAAUGCAGUGCCUGGUUUGAAGACCAGUACAGCUUUCCUGACCUUUCUUCGCGCCAACCUCGUCCUGCAGCACUCAGCAAUGUCCUCAAAUGUGUCAACGCCCAUGCUAGGGCCACAGACCCUCCCGCCUGUCCCGUCAUCUCCCCUGGCAACCCACCCACCGCAAGGGGUUCUAGACGACGACGACAUUCCCCCGCUAUCCCUCGAAAUCCUGACGGCCCGCGCCGACAAAGCCGCCGCCCUCCGGCUGGUAGCCGACAGCAUCGCCCAGCAGCGCCAACAAGCCGCGUUCCACCUCGUCUUCCACCCGCUCCCGCUCGCCGCCCUCAUCGCCGCCCUGGCUGCCAUCUACCGCUACACCUGGGCGCAAAACACCCGCCACGACCUCGGCACGGCCCUGAUGCUGGCCAGCAGCGCCUGCAUGACCUACCUCCUCGCCAUCCGCUACGUCACCUCGGGCUACCUGCGCGCGGCCGAGGAGCUUUCUUGGGGUUUCAUCACGAACCCGUCCAAUGGGGAAGAGGAUCUCGUUCUCGGCACGCGGUACGGCGCCGACAUCAUCGGCGCGCUCGUGCUCCGGCUGGAACCGUCCGAGGACAACCUCAGGCCCAACUCCAACGGCAGCGGCGGUAGCAAUAGAAGUCGAAAGUCGCACAGCAGACAAAACAGCUUGAAGGGGAGGAAGACGGGGGGGACGGGCGUGAUUCGGGCGUGGACGACCAGGCUGCGGUAUCGUGGGCGCGGGCUGGGCGGGGACAUGCUCCGCGAAGCGGUGCGCGUGACGCGCGAGCGCUGCGGGCGGGACGCCGAGGUCGGAUUCGCGCGGGAGCACGCCAACAGCACCAUGGUGCUGCCCGAGAUGUUCAACAGGCCAUUCCGGAAGGGGGAGAUACGGGCUUCCAGGGCGCUGGAGAAGGUGCUGGCGGAGUGGGACGGUAGGAGGAGGUGAGAUGAAGUUAUGCGUGUAUGUGGUGAGAGAGUGAGAUAGAGAGAGAGAGAGAGAGAGAGAGAGAGCGCGAGCGAGCGCGCUGGGUUGGGUUGGGCCUGUCAGGUGGACGAGACUGUCUUCUUGGUUGGGAAUGUGUCGGGGUGCCUGGAGAGCUGAGGGACUUUCCAUGCUGCCAUCUGGUUCUGAUAUACGGCUCUCACUGGUACUGGCAUCUUGGUCUUUUACGGCGUUACUCAGGGACUGUGGGA